AUGGCUUUCCCUUCUUCCGACCUUCACUUUAUCUUGUUCCCUCUAAUGGCCCAAGGUCAUAUGAUACCCAUGGUGGAAAUUGCCAGAAUGCUAGCCCAACGUGGUGUUCUUGUCACUAUAAUCACAAAUCCAUUUAACGCCAACCGUUUUAAAUCAGUCAAUGAUCGUGCAAUCAAAGCUAACCUCAAGAUUCAAGUACUUGAACUCAAACUCCCUUUAGCUGAAGUUGAAUUGCCUGAAGGAUGCCAGAGUUUUGACUUGAUUCCAUCAACUGCACUCGUGGUCAAAUUUUUUGACGUCAUUUCCAUGUUAGAAGAACCAACUGAAAGCAUGCUUCGGCGUUUAACUCCUACUCCAAGUUGCAUCAUCUCAGAUAGUGGUUUACCAUGGACGACAGGUCUGGCUAACAGGUUACUUGUUUUCUACGGACCAGGAUGCUACACGUACCUAUGCAUACACAUAGUAGCGAAUACUAGAAUACUUGAUGAAAUCAAAUCCGACUCUGAGUACUUUGUGCUGCCCGACCUUCCUGGCCGGAUCGAAGUUACCAACCCAGGCUUCUGA